CACACAGCCUAGGCCCUGAAAAAGCGCUCCGUGCCUCUCACAAAGGUGGAAAGGGCUGCCUCGAUGCCCAUGGGCCUUGCGAUGAUGAGAUGGGGCGGCAGGGCGCAUCAAGGUACAGUGCCAGGUGGGUUCCCGCAAAGUGGUCCUCCUCCGCUUCACUGCUUUCCGUUCCGAUGGGGCGUAGGAGUCAGGGUGGACUAAAUCACGGUGGUCAGGGCGGCAGGUCUUCGGAACGUGGUAGCGAUGGAAGUGUUGCUCUCCGAUCUGUCGUCUACAAUCACUAUCACAGUCACUCGUGCUCAAAUCCGUCAUGGCGUCGUCCUCAUCGAACAGCUUCAACGCUGAAGAGCUGCUCGCCUUUGCCAUCUCCCUCUCCAAGGAAGCAGGCCACCUCAUUCGCACAGGUCGAGCCAACCUCGCCGCCUCCAUUUCCACCGACUUCUCCUCGAUCCUCAAGAAGAAUUCGGCUGAUUUGGUCACAGAGUCUGACAAGGCAACGGAGGAGCUGGUCAAGAAGAGAAUUGGAGAAACGUACCCGCAUCACAAGUUUAUUGGAGAGGAGUCUUGGGCUGCGGGAGAGGAGAACGACUUGGGAGAGGAGCCGACGUGGAUUUGUGAUCCUAUUGAUGGUACCACGAACUUCGUCAAUGCCUUUCCCUUCUGCUGCAUCUCCCUCGCUCUAGCCUACAAGCAAAAGCUCGUCAUAGGAGUAGUCUACGCCCCCUUCCUCGACCGUCUCUACUAUGGUCUCGCCGGUUCCGGUUCCUUCCUCGUGACCCCAGCCGAUACACCUCCCCGUCAAUUACCGCUACAGCGUCCUCUGCCUCUCCCUUCGCUCAAGCAGGCGCUCAUUGCGCUUGAGUGGGGAUCGGAUAGACGACAAGAGAUCGUGGGCAAAAAGGCAAGGACGAUGGAGCGCCUCUGCUCCGAAGAGGGAAACAUGGUUCAAGGGAUCAGGAGUAUCGGGUCUGCAGCACUCAGUUGCUGUCUCGUGGCCGAGGGAGCUGUUUCCCUCUACCAUGAGAUUGGCUGUUGGGCAUGGGACGUUGCUGCAGGAUGGGUAAUGGUCAACGAAGCUGGCGGCCUAACAGUCGGCUCCAAAGGCCACACCCUUUCCCUCCUCUCCUCCAACUCUCCCGAUCUAGGCAUUGUGACACCAGAGAUUCUGCAGGGAAGGAAAUACUGCUGCGUGAGAGCCAUUGGCGAUUUGCCGGCUGGAGAAGAUGGCAACGGCGCUAGGAGUGGAAAGGAACAACAGGGUGCGCUGCUAAAGGAAUUCUUUGAGGCAAUGGAUGAGUGGGAGGCCUAGAUAGAGGAGAUACAAUUUCCAGCUGCUAGGAAGGACAAGACUGUACACUUCGUGAUCAUCAAUACCAAUUUAAAGGAGAAGGUGGUCAAGCAAGUCUAUUUAUAAGCGUGAAAUGAAAUGAAACGGCCAGAAAAGAUACAUCUACUCAUG